AGAUGUGGACAGGCUGGGUUUACCUUCGACUAGAGGAGAUUAAGAGAGGGGACAUUGUGGAGGUGGGAGACAGAGAGAGUGUGCAUGUGUGUGAGUGAGAGUGAGAGAGUGUGUGUGUGUGUGUGUGUGUGUUUUGAAGUGUGUGUGUGUCUGUGUGUAUGAGUGUGUGUCUGUGUAUUUGUGAGUGUGUGUGAGAGAAAGAGUGUGAGAGAGAGUGUGUGUAUAAGUGUCUGUGUGUCUGUGUAUGAGAGUGUGUGUUUGUGAGUGUGUGUGUGAGAGAGAGUGUGUGAGAGAGAGUGUGUGUAUGUGUCUUUGUGUAUGUGUGUGAGUGUGUGUCUGUGUGUGUGUAUGAGAGUGUGUGUGAGAGAGAGUGUGUGUGUGUAUAAAAGCCUGUGUGUGUGUCUGUGUGUAUGAGUGUGUGUCUGUGUAUGAGAGUGUGUGUUUGUGAGUGUGUGAAAGAGAGAGUGUGUGGGUGUGUAUAAGUGUGUGUGUGUGUAUGAGAGUGUGUGUGUGACAGAGUGUGAGUGUGUGUAAGUGUGUAUGUAUGUGUGUAUCUGUGUAUGUAUGAGACUGUGUGUGUUUAUGUGGGUGUGAGAGAGGGUGUGAGUGUGUUACUGUGUGUGUGUGUGUGUGUGUGUGUGUGUGUGUGUGAGUGUGCAAGUGUGAGAAAGACUGAGGGACACCCUAAGGGAUGGAUUUAAACCCGGAAACCAUGGACCGAGGAGAUGUUCCGAUAGUGGCCUUGGAGCCGGACGCUUCAGGCUCAAGCACAGCCAAUGUUGAAGGAAACAUCGUGGUCAAAACCUGCUGAGCGCCCAUCGCAGCCCUUUCCGACUCACACCAACGGUGGGAAUGAAGAGCCAGGAAGAGAUUCCCGGGAGGAAAUCGGACCCUGGACCAUCAGUCUCCGUGGGCACAGGCCAUAACCAGCCGUGGCAACUCGAGUCCUUUGGUGGACUUUGGUGCCCAUGGAUGUAGUGGGGGCCUACCUCUUGUACCGGCCAAGGAGGAUCCAGACAAAGGGAAAUACACGAUGACGGAGCGGGAGGCGAACGUGGAUGCACCAGAGAUGCUGGGAGCAAGAGCGGCGAAUGAUGGAACGUUUUCGGGACUAGGGGCCAUCAUGGAGGAAGGGGACGAUUGGCCACAUGAGGUCACGGGAAGGCCGGCAUCACCAGAAGAUGCCAACACUGGGAUUAAAGGAGCAGAGGACAUUCCCUCAGACAUACAUCUGUACAGUGUGAGCAGAUUCUACUGUCAGCGCCUCCUACAGGCAAUGAAUGAGUUCACAGACAGAGUCACAGUCACACCACUCGAUCAGGCUUUGUUCUACAGCCAGGAGCAGGAGGGAGUGGAAGCUGGGAAGGACAGUUCGACCCAUUUCCUGAAGCUGCUGGAAGAGAGAGAUAAGCCGUUCGGAGAAACCAUGGUGCAUUUCUUGGAGAGGUUGAGAGAAGUCAAGCAGGAACUACAGAGUGUCUUGAAGGAUAUUAAUGAUCGAGAAGGGUGUGAGGAAGCUCCCGACAAGUGGGGCGAGCGUGCCCGGGCCUGGGGCACGGACGGCGCCAGCCGGCAGCGGGAGGCUGGGAUUGAGGAGGCCGUGAGGAGGAAGAGGAGGUUGCUGGAGGCGAUGCACUUCAUGGCGGACAGCUGCAACAGCAGGCUUCUGCAGAUGGGCCGGAUCGCUCUGGGGGACCCUCUCCACCCUGGGAGGGCGCUGAGGCUGUGCCCUCUGGAUUGCUCUGUGUUGGCGGUGAGCCUAGCCCCGAUGGCUACCAUCGAGGAACUCAAUCUCGGCCAUUGUUGGAUUGGCCCAGAGGGUCUGCAGAGAUUAUCCGCCAUAUUGCCUCAGUGUCGGAGCCUCAGGUUGAACUGGAACGGCCUGGGAGACUCGGGAGCGAAAAUACUGUGCUCCGCGCUACGCGAGCCGGCCUGCGUCGUCCGGGAGCUCUGGGUCGACUACAACAAGCUGACGGGAACCGGAACCAGAAGCCUCGCGUUCGCAGUGCUUAAGAACCAGUCAUUGCAGUUGCUCAGCUUAAGCUACAACAAGAUCGGAGAGGCUACGAUGAAGCUGCUGUGCGACGCUCUGAGGAGGCGGUGCUGUACCAUUCAGUCCCUGAGGCUGUGCGGGACGGGGGUGACCAGCGCGGGCGUCAGGAACCUGACCUGGGCUCUCUCCGCCAACCGCUCGCUCACCGAGCUGGACCUCGACCACAACCGGCUGGGCGACCCGGGGGUCUCGCAGCUCUGCGCGGCCCUCAUCAGACCCGACUGCAGGCUUCGCACCCUCAGGCUCGGCAAUAACAAGCUGACAGCCCUGUGCACACUGCCGUUGACUCAAGUACUCAGCGCAAACCGUUCGCUCACGCAGCUCAGUCUGAGUUACAAUCGGCUCAGCACCGUGGGAUUGAGGAGGCUGUGUACAGCUCUGAGGGCACCAGCCUGUCAGAUCCAGAAACUGGAGCUCGAUGACAACGGUCUCCAAGACUCAUGCGCCAAGGAACUAGCCUCAGCCCUCAGUAGGAACCAAAAGUUGAAAGCACUAUAUUUGAACAGGAACAGCUUCAGUGACCAGUCCAUCCCUGCUUUCAGCCAUCUGGUAGACAGCUGCAAAAGCCUGAGAUACCUCUGGCUGUGGAGAAAUCAGUUCAGUGCGAACGGCCGGGCCGAGCUGCAGUCGCUCCAUCAAGACGUGCGCGGAGCCACCGUUUUUGUAUGAAUGCCGGAAGCCAUUUCUACUGCUCAAUAAAUAGUUGA